UCGCCAGCCAGAGCCGUUUUUUGCCCGAUUUCGCCAGCAUUUGGCGAUUUCGCCAGCUUUCAGAAACACUGCAUCCAACUUCAUCUUUGCCGAGCUGGCAUCGCCGCGCUCCCCGCGCAAAAUCCCUUCAACGCGCAGGAAGCACAUGCGUUUGGUCCAGGCACACGGUCUCCGGAGCUCGUCUGGAGCCGCCACCGUGCGAGACAAUCUGCAAGAUCCGCUCGCUGAGAGCAGGCCCAAGGGACCCUUCAUAUCGCAAUUCAGCAUCCUACCUCCGUGAAUAGAACUUAGGCUCGCGCGCACACUCGCAAGGCCUUCCCGCCAAGCCGCCAAGUGGCGGCGGCUGAGCUACCCACCCACCGCCGAAGCGGCGCAAUGGAGGACAGCCCACUGAAGCACGAGCUCACGCGGCUGCGAAAUGAGCUGCACCUCAAGUCUGUGGAAAUCCAGGAGCGUUCGGUUGAGAUAGCCACGCUGCAGAAGCAGCUGGGGGCGGCCAGCCAGGGCGCGCAGCGGGCGGAGCAGCAGCUGGAGGCCACUCGCGACCGCCUGCUCAGCGCGCAGCAGGAGGCCGAGUCGACCAAGCGCCAGCUGGCCGCCGCACAGCACGAGCGGGACGAGCUGCGGCGGGAGGCGGAGGCCACGGCGCGCGGCGCCAUGAAGGCGCUGGACCGCGAGACGCAGGCCGUACGCGACCAGCUGGCGGCGGCGGAGGCCGCGGUGUUGCGCUCCCGCGACCUGGAGAGCCAGGUGGCGGCGCUGCGCAAGCAGCUGGCGGCGUCGCAGGAGGAAGCGGCCACCCUGCUGCGCCAGCAGCGCGCGGCGCAGGAGGAGGCGGAGGAGGCGCGGCGGAGCAUGCAGAAGCAGAGCCGCGAGCUGGGCAGCACGUCAGACUACCUGGCGGGGGUGAUGAGCGAGCUGGCGGUGCGCCACGCCACCCAGGACUCCCUGCAGACAGUGAGGCAGGAGAACAAGGUGCUCCAGGAGCGGGUGGUGCAGGCGGCGGCGGGCCGCGGCGCCGCCGUUGCCUCGAGCGCAGCAGCAGCCGCCGGCAAGGCGCCGGGCCCGGUGGCUGUGGCGCCGGCGGUGCCAUGCGCGAAUGGCGACGGCACGGCCGCCGCCUCUGCGCACGCCGCCCUGCAGCAGGCCCUGCAGCAGCUCAGCAAGCGCACGCAGGAGGUGGGAGAGCUGAAGAAGCAGCUGCAGGCGGCGCAGCUGGCGCAGGCAGCCGUGGUGGCGGGCGGCGGCGGCGGCACGGAUGCUCUGGACAGCGCGGCGGCUGCGGCUGCGCCAGCAGCGGCGGUGGGCGGCGGCUCUGGGCCCGCCACACCCGUUGUGGAGGGCGUGGAGGCGUCGGCGGCACCAGAGGCAGCCGCGCCGGUGGCACCAAUGGUGGCGGCGGCCGUGCAGGCAGCAGAGGCUGCGGCCGGCAGCAUGCCAGGCGCCGCCCCGGGAGCAGGCUCGAGCUCCGGCCCCGCCACGCCCGCCGUCGAGGGCGCUGCUCCUGCGGCAGCAGCGCCCCCCGCCACCGCGUCUGUCGCCCCGGUGCCGCCGCUGCCGGCACUGCAGACGAUCGGUCCCAGCCUGGAUGCCAGCGGGGCGCCGCUGCCUCGCGACCUGCCUGCAGCCCACACACAGAUCAUGGCCCUCCAGGAGCAGGUGGCACGGCUGAGGCAGCACCUGGCGGACGCCGCCGCUGCGGGGGCGCACAGCGACGACGACGAGGAUGAGGAGGGGUCGAGCGACGACGAGGGCACCUCCCACUCUGCCCGCCACUCGGCCGCCACAUCGCCCACCGGCGCCACCGCCACCUCCCGCGGCGCCGCCUCGGCGCUGUCCCCCACCGAGCAGGCGGCUGAGGAGCGGCGGCGCAACGCCCAGCACGGCCAUGUCGGCACGCUGUGGCUGGGCGGGCAGCGGCAGGCAUACCACAUGGCCCAGUCUGCAGGGCUGACCAAGGAGGCGCUGGCAUCCAUGAUCGACAGGCUGCUGCAGUCGCGCGAGGAGCAGACGCGGCGCCCGCGCAGCUCCCGCGGCGCCGCGCAGCGCUCGGGCAGCACCCCCCGCGGCGGCGCGCCCGCCAGCGAGGGCGGCGGCAGCGCGGACGGCGGCGGCGGCGGCGGCCGCGACGACACCGCUCUGUGGGAGGAGGCGACGGCCAUGCUGCGCAACGAACUCAUCCGCCUGGGCCAGGAGGCGGCUCGCAAGAUGGAGGUGGCCACGCUGAAGCUGGAGAUUGCUGCGCUGAAGAGCGAGCAGGACAUACGUGAGGACGAGCUGGUGGCGCAGGUGGCGGUGCUGCAGCAGGCGCUGGCGCGCAAGAAGAAGCGGCGCUCGCCCGGCAAGAUGCUGCGCAAGACGUGGAGCCAGGCGGUGGGCUCGCUCAAGCACGGCCUGCAGGGGGGCGGGGGACACGCGGCGGGCAGCCCCGAGGCGGCACCGGGCGCCGGCCCCGGCAGCGCCGGCGUCAGCCCGCCGCAGCCGCCCGCCGCGGCCGAGCGCGCGCAGCCCAGCCCCGGCAGCGGCGGCGGCGGCGAGGUGCGCCGCUCCUGGGGCAGCCUCAAGUCCAAGUUUGGCAGCCUGAGCGGGCGGGGAGGCAGCAAGGAGGAGGAGGCGGUGGCGGCUGGGGCGGCCGCCAACACACCACGCAAAUAG